CGUAUAAUUGCUUUCCAUCUUUUUGACCUCCAAUAUAUUUUUCGGAGCACAGGCAAGAUAUGAUUUUUACUUCAGCUCCGAUGGUCUGAUUUUGCGCCUCUACAUCCAUGCGCCGCCUGAGUCUGUCCGGGGCUCAAUGGCAUCGUCAUGGUGUUCAGAGUCGCCUUAACUCCUGCUGCCCUCCGCACCUGCAAACGCGCCGACCCUUCUCCUCGGGCAUAACGGCGCUCUCUAACAGUGAUGGCCAGAACAACAAAUUUAAAGCCUCUAUACGAUGGUUUGAGCAACCUACGCGUUUGAGCAAGGAGAAAGUCGAGGUAUACCCAGAGGAAGAAGAACGGGCCGAACAAGAUGUUAUUUGGGCCAAAAUCCGAGAGCUACAGGAAGAGCUGAAAGAGAUAAAACAAGGCCCUUUUGGGCCGAACAGCCCCUUGAUGAAACAGUUGCCGGAAAAGCAAAGAGAAAUAAUCCGUGAAGCGGUUCGCAAAUAUGAAGAGGAGCAUGUUGAGGAAGAAGCAAAGGAUAAACAGCAUUAUGAAGACUUUUUUGCCGGGCUGGAUGAAAUGAUUGCGGAGGAGGCUCAGGACCUGGAGAAGCGGAAAACAGCUGAAUGGAACCCGAAAGAAAUGCUCGAGCCGGUCAAACCAUCCCCUAAAGAAUCUUUCGAAGUCGAAUUAAAAGUCCCGGACACCGCUCAAGCGCAUGUUAACCGAUUCAAUCAGAAUCUAAAGAUUCUAAUCAAAGAUCCAACUAGGGCCAAUAGGCAGGAAUUGUGGAGGUCAUAUCAGCGAUGUAAAGCCCUAAUACCGGCCUUUAUUGAAUUAUUGCCAGAAGAGACCUUGGCCAUAAUGUGGAACUCCCAAAGCCAGAGCGCCAGCCCCCAAGUCCCACAGCUGGGGCACUGGGAGGAUUUGGCCGAAGAUAUUCUUUCAAAUGGUCGAGAUUUGAUGCAACCCCAAUGGCUGCGGUACAUUACACUCCUUCUUGAAAAUGGCCAGUCAAAUAAGGCAUUUACAAUGUGGAAAAGUCGCGAGAAACAUUUAGACUACGCAUCGAGAACGGAGGUUGAGCAGUUUUGGAACUUGGGGGUUGAAAUAUUGAUCGCAAAUGGAGAAUUGGAAAGUGCGCAAGAUCUCGCACUGGCGUUUCUGGCAGAUGACCAUUCCCGCCCUCCACGCAUUCUAAUACCAAUAAUCGUUGCCUGGGCUAAAAUCCCUGGCAAUACAAACGGUGCUCGAGCUUGGACUUUGUAUCUACGGCUCAAAACAAUUCUUGGGCCUGAUAUAAAUAUGAAUGACUACGAUUCGAUAAGCGUUGGGUUCCUAAAAGCUGGCCGAGUUGACAUGGCCGUUGCAGUAUUCAAGGAUAUGAUGCUCACGGGACAAUCCUCGCCGUCCGACUCAACUUCUCUCUACCACGCCUCCCUAGGCCUUGUUGACAAUCUGCAAGCUUCAAGCAUUACAGAAGCGGACGUGAAUAAAGUAUCCCUAUCUGCCCUUACGAUCAUGCCCCGGAAGUUCCAAAACAAGUUCUUCUAUGCGAGUUGGAUGAAGAAGUUAAUUGGCAUGGGCGAGGUUGAUUCUGCUGCUGCAGUUGUUGAAUUGAUGUACGAACGUGGGAUUAACCCCGAUGCAAAACAUAUGAAUGGAGUCAUAGGCGGCUGGCUCCGCAAAGAAAGUCUCACUGCCCGAGAGAAGGCCGAGAAACUCGGAUGGGCGAUGAUUCAGGAACGGAUUGAUACUGUCUGGUCCCGCCAGAAGAACCCAUUACCCGGAUCGAGCAAGCCAUCAGUUCGCGAUGGCGGGGAUGGCAUCCGUAUCCCCAAAUUUGAACAAAGAACUGUUCCCCCUGCAAGCAUUGAAACCUUCUCCCUCUUAUUACUCUAUUAUACCCGGCGCGGCCAAGAACACAUGGCCAACUACGUAAUUGAAUGCCUUGAAAAGGCCCAGAUGCGGCCUAAUGUGUUCUUUAUGAACCACCUUCUCUUUGCAGAGUUGCGCAAACAGGACGUCCUUGGCGUCUGGACCCGCUAUCAGCAAAUGUCGGCGACUGUCCGCCCCGAUCUAGAAACGUUCGCGUGCCUUUGGGACUGCGCCAAAAUUCAAUACGACCGUGCGCGACCAUCCUUCGACUCAAACUUCCCCACUGCACGCGUCCUCUACCGCGAAAUGAUGGACUGGUACUUCAGCCUCACCCCACGCAGUCAGGCCAACGCCCGCAAAUUCUUCACCAAAGACCUCUACGACCAAAUCCUCCGUUGUUUCUCCUUCUCGCUCGACCCGCAAGGCACGAUCGUCGCCCUGCAUUCCAUGCGGCAUGUCUUCGGCUACAUACCGGACGUCGUCACAGCGCGCAUCCUAAUGUUCGAAGUCGUCCGCCUCCUCCCACCACCACCGGAACUCGAAGACAACAAAAGGACUCGCCGCCACCGACGGCGCAUCUCCACAAACCCACGCAGCAAGGAAAGUCUUCAACACGUGACGAAGCUGCUAGAAACGCUUCGUGAUAGGAAAGUAGUCGAGUUGGGCAAACAGGGCUUGCUGAUAGAGGAUCUAGACAUAAAAGCACGGAAGGAUCAUGAGGUUAACCUGUAUUCGGAUUUAUUGCGGGUUGUGCUAAGUCGGUUGGCGGAAAAUCCUCGCAAGAACGAGGAUAAGAUCCGCAAGGCAGCGCUCGAGAUGGGAGAGAGCGAGGAGUUGUAUUUGGGGGAACCAGUGCCAGAGGAGUUACUGCAGUGAGAAUCAGUCUCACUGAUCAUAUUUUCUCUUAUCACCCAUCUUCAACUACCUGGAAGAUCCAGCCCUGACUUGUCCUGAGCAAAUCUUUGUUAAAAAGAUAUACCUACCAUUCCUCAUGCUCUUGGUUUUCAACGCAGGGUCGCAUGUAUAAUCUCUUUACCUUUUUUAUUUCCCUCCUCACUUUUUCAUACAUAUCGUCCGGGGAAAGGGGGCAAGGCAUUUAGGGUAAUUUGUUUGACCGUUAUGUAUCAUAGAAAGUUCACUACUUCUCCUGGGCGGAGAUGACAGGCGUAUCUGGGAUAAGUUUGGACAAAAGGGGGGCAACUAUAAUCGCAUAUUUUUUAUUGUACCAUAGCAAAAAGUAAAUGAUAAUACAUGCCUUUGGCAGACGUAUUAACCGAGUAUAUGCGCUUUGAUGCAAUGCGAGCUUCUCGUGUCACCUCGCGGCACGCAAGAUCCAGCAACAGCCGGAGGACAAGGUGUUGUUCGACAAAGCGGGGCCUUCAUCCCCGCGCUCUCAAAUAUUUGCAAUGCUGCUCUAUUGCAUACCUCUUGAUUGAUAAUAACUAUGAAUAACAAUCCAUACACACAAG